GCGGUUCUGUUUCGGUGAGACGCUGGCUCACAUGGAGCUCUUCCUCUUCGUCACCAGCAUCCUGCAGCACUUCCGCUUCGAGUCUCCCAUCGACCGCCAGGACCUCGACAUCUCCCCGAAGCUGGUGUGAUCUUCACCAACGGGGAGCGGGUAAAGCAUCCGCUCCGCUUCUCCAUCCCUACACUGUGCAACUUCGGUGUGGGCAAGAGAAGCAUCGAGGAGCGGAUCCUGGAUGAAGCCCAGCACCUGUGAGGGGCAUGCACGACCCCAAAGUCUUGCUGUGACCUCGGGGGUCAGUCAUUGAAAUCCAUGGCCCUAGCUCAUCCAUGGGGCUGCCCCAGUGCCCAUGCCAAGAACCGCCCAACAGGGAUAUAAGGCAGCUCUCAACCCAGUCGAAUGCCGUUCCAAGACGAACACUACCAUCAACUAUGGAGCUCCUUGAUGCCGUCACCCUCUUCCUCGCCCUCUGCCUGUCCUGCCUCAUGCUCCUCUCUAUGUGGUGGCAGAUGCAGGGACGCAGCAAGAUGCCACCAGGACCCAUGCCCCUGCCACUUGUCGGCAAUCUGCUGCACGUCGGCACCAAGAAUGUAUUCAAGGCACUCAUGAAGCUCAGUAAGAAGUAUGGCCCCAUCUACACCAUCCAGCUGGGCACACGCCGGGUCGUGGUGCUGUGCGGCUACCGGGCUGUUAAGGAAGCCCUUCUGGACCAAGGCGAGGAGUUUGGUGGCCGUGGGAAGCAGGCCACCUUCGACUGGCUCUUCAAGGGCUAUGGUGUGGCCUUCUCCAAUGGGGAGCGGGCGAGGCAGCUGCGUCGCUUCUCCAUCACCACCCUGCGAAACUUUGGAAUGGGCAAGAGGUCUAUUGAGGAGCGUAUCCUGGAUGAAGCUCAAUACCUGUUAGGGGCACUGCAUGACACUAAAGGCCUGCCCUUCGACCCCACCUACAUCUUGAGCCGCUCGGUGUCCAAUGUCAUCAGCUCUGUUCUUUUUGGGGACCGCUUUGACUACGAGGACAAGGAGUUCCUCUCCCUGCUCUACAUGGUGCUCGAGACCUUCCGUUUCACCAGCACAUCCUGGGGGCAGCUCUACGACAUGUUUCCAGGCAUCAUGAACUACCUGCCCGGCCCACAGCACAAAUCCUUCAAGCUGCUGGAAAGGCUGGAGAAGUACAUGGAGAAGAAGGUGAAGGCCAAUGAGGAGACCCUGGACCCCAACUCCCCACGGGAUUUCAUUGACUGCUUCCUCAUCAAGAUGCACCAGGAAAAGCAGAGCCCAUCCUCGGAGUUCUUCCUGGAGAACAUUGUCAUGACAGCACUCAGUGUGUUCUUUGGUGGAACGGAGACGGUCAGCACCACCCUGCGCUACAGCUUCCUAAUUCUGCUGAAGUACCCAGAGAUCGAAGAAAAGAUCCACCAGGAGAUUGACCAAGUGAUUGGCCGGAACCGCAGCCCCAGUAUCGAGGACCGGAGCUGCAUGCCCUACACGGACGCCGUCAUCCACGAGUGCCAGAGGUUCUACAACAUUCUUCCCUUGGGGGUGUCCCGCCAGACAACCAAGGACACCCAGUUCUGUGGCUACAACAUCCCCCAGGGCACCGAGGUGUUUGCACUGCUGGGCUCGGUGCUGAAGGACCCCGAGCACUUUGAGAGACCCGAAGCCUUCGACCCCGGGCACUUCCUGGAUGACAAGGGGCAAUUCAAGAAGAACGAGGCCUUUAUGCCCUUCUCCAUUGGGAAGCGGUUGUGUUGCGGUGAGACGCUGGCUCACAUGGAGCUCUUCCUCUUCGUCACCAGCAUCCUGCAGCACUUCCGCUUCGAGUCUCCCAUCGACCGCCAGGACCUCGACAUCUCCGCAAAGCUGGUGGGCUUUGCCAACCUUCCCCGCGACUACAAGAUCUGCCUCAUCCCACGCUAGAGGGAGCCUUGGAAAAAUGGGACAUUGGUGAGGGAAACAAGGCAGGGAAGAAGGUGGUCACAUGGAGGAGCCUUACCAGUCUGAGUGUGGGACCCUGGGAAUCCGUGACUGUUGCUUGACGUACAGAGCAAACCUGGUUGGCAAUUUUUUCCGCUUAAAGCUCUUGUGCCCUUUUGCUUCCUAGCUCCGCUGCCUUUACCCUGAAGAAUACAACCCUGGGGACGGCAGUGUCCAGUGUCACUGGCAUCUCUCAGUGGCUCCAUGAGUAGCAACCAGGAGAGCGGAUUAGGACAGUGGCCCAUGGAGGCUGGGAGCUGUGCUGUGGGGCUGUGUGGGGGAUGGUGAGGCUUCACCAUCUUGGUCUGUGCAGCAACUAGGGGAUCUCUGUCCUGCUAGUAGGCCUGUGCAAAGAGGCUGGUAUUCGCUUCGGAUUUGGAUUCGGCCGAUUUGGGGGACAGUGAUUCGAUUCGGUGAUUCGAAUCACUAUCCCAAUUC